AUUUCAGGAGAAGAUCCAAGAUGACAAUGCUGUUGUUGCUUGUACUAUGUUCUACAGUAUAUGCGUACUCAGAUGAAUGGGACAUUUUUACGUACACACAGGAGUGGCCUGUAGCCGUUUGCAUAAAGGGCAAGGAAGAGCAUCACUCCUGUUCUAUCCCACAAGGUGUGCAGGGCUGGGGUAUACAUGGAAUGUGGCCUACAAAGACGGGAACGGAGGGGCCGACAAGCUGUGGAACCCAACCUUUCAAUACGGACGCCAUUUCGGUGCUUCUUCCUCAUUUGAAGAUUUUGUGGCCAAACAUGUACUCCGACACUUCUGAAUACAGUUUCUGGGAACACGAAUGGAGUAAACACGGAACUUGCGCCAGCUCACUCAACGUAACUUCUACAGAGUAUAGAUAUUUUUCUAAAGCUCUGGAUCUGUAUACACGAUAUAACGGACAAACAUUAUUGGCCAACCAAGGAAUUGUACCAAGCCAUACCGCGACUUAUAAUAUCAAGCCAACAGAGGCCGCUUUGAAGAGAGAACUCGGUGUUAACGCGUUGGUUCAAUGCACAUAUGACCAU